CCACCCAAUCCCCAGAGCCCCCACCGAACUUAGCUCUCUUUUCUUCUCAUCUACUUCACCUUCAAAUCAUCAAAACCUCAAAGCAAGGCAAACCCAAAAACCAAAAUAUCACAGAAAACCAAAAUGCACAGUGGAAGCCAUGAUCUUCCCCAGAAAUUCCUUCAAAUUAAGCAGGAAGACAAGUUUUUUUCUAGGCUUUUGUCCAAGGAACACUCUAAGAAUGAGUCAUCUUUCAGAGUUUUGUACUAUGGAGGAGCCUCUGGUGCUGUUCCAUUCAUGUGGGAAUCACAACCAGGUACACCUAAACAUAGAUUUUCCGAUACCUCUCUCCCUCCACUCACACCUCCACCUUCAUAUCAAUCUUCUUCUAGUCCCCAAGUCAAGUCAAUGAAAAAGCACACAAAAGCCAAAUACUUUCACUCCAUUUUUCAUCGGCUGGCUUCGAGAAAAGACCAUGUUUCUCCAUCGUUUUCAUCCUAUUCUAUAUCUUCGUCGUCUUCAUCGUCGUAUUCAGUACCAUCAACGCCAAUGAACUCGUUUAUUUAUAGAAAAAAAAGUCUCCCUCGUUCAAAAUCAACCGUUGAUUUUGGGUACAGUGAGGAUGAUGAUGAGCUGCAGGUGCAGGCUCAUGGCUCACCUUCUUCAACUUUGUGCUUUGCUGGUAGGGAUAGAAGUUCCAAGAAGUCUCGAGGACAAGAUGGAAUAAGAAUGUGAAGAAGGCAUUGUUGUCCAUUGUAGGCCUGGGUGUGGCUUAAAAGUACCUCUAUAUUGUUCAUUUCUUGUACAUCAUUUAGCAAGUUUAUGGGUGUGGACUAUGGAAUAUUGGCUUUUGGUUUUUCCAAAACCAAGGUUUGGUAAACCAAGAUAUUCACUUUUUCAAUAUUCUUUGUUAUCAUCAUCAUUAGAAGGCCCUU